GUCCUCCUCGGGGGGCGGCGGCCAGUGGGGCCCGCUGGACCUGAGCUCCACUCCCAACCGCCUGCUGCAGUCGGUGCUGACGGUGCCGGCGCGUCUCUCGCCCAGCAUCCUCACAGUGCAGUCCAGCAGCGCCACAUCGGGUCUGGCCAUGUCCUCCUCCUCCUCCUCUUCUCCCACCUCCUCCACGUCCACCUCCUCCUCCUCCACCUCCUUCUCUGCCGCCACUACUGCCUCCUCCUCCUCCUCUCCGGUGGCGGUGCUGUCGGCCAGCGGCAGUGCCACCGUGGAGGUGGCGCUGCAGCUGCGGCCCUCCGCGCAGGUCAACAUCACGGCCUCCGUGCCAGCAGCCUGGAACGGCGAGCCCCUGGCCGACCUGUACCCCUCCUCGCUGUCCUUCACCCCCUCCGACUUCAACCGCAGCCGCCGCCUGCUGCUGCAGCCCAACCCCGCCGCCGCGCAGGGCAGCUACUACGUGCAGCUGGCCAUGAGGAGUUCCGACCCGCGGUUCGAUUUCGCGGUGCAGGUGUUCAAGGUGCAGGACACGCGGCCGCAGGUGGGCGAGACGGCCGCCGACCCACGGGUCAUUCGCUCGCUGCCCUUCCUGGACAGCGGAACCACGCUUCAGUUCCGGCACGACUACGCAACCUCGCCGGGAAACCCGCUGGACACCUCUCCCGACGUGGUCUACGCCCUCACGCCCGCCCAGUCCAUGUCCCUGUCCGCCUCCACAUGCGGCUCCUCGUACGACACCGUACUGCUGCUGGGUCUGGGAGAUCUGGCUCCGGAACACACCCUGGCCAACGACGACGACCCCUCCUGUGGCUCCUCGCCGCCUGCCUCCAGCUGCUCGCGAAUCGACCAAGACCUGGACAUUGGCGUUACGUACUACUUUGUGGUUUCGGGGUUCAAUGGCGCGCGUGGGGAUUAUGUGUUUAGCGUGGUGUGCAGGAGUUGUGACAGCAGUGGGGCGGUUGGCGGUGCUGCUGCUGUGGCGUCGUCGUAGUGGAGGUCGUAGUGCAGAGCGGGAGAAUGGGGGGAUGACGAGGGAUGAGUAGUGCUUUUGCAGGAGCUGGGACUUCCCGAGGGGGAAGUGCGGUAUUGUGUGGGGGGUAGUAUCAUGGGCCAGGGGAUGGCUUGGGGGCCCGAAAUGUCUAUGCUGGAUAACUAGGGUGUGUAUGCGGCGAGCUCCGCAUUUGCUGG